AGGCACUUGAUGGUUGAAUUGGAAGUUCGAAAGCGAGAAAACUCAGCAGCAAAAGUUUCUCUGGGUGCGUCGCCCAAUAGUCUCGAUACGCCCUGAAAGCGAGACGCAACCAUCAACGUUGAAGCCGAUCGCACCAUUGAUCAUUCAUCAUCGCAUGGAGAAUCACCAGCAGCAAGCCCCACCCUCCUCCGGCUCCGCAUACCCACCUCAGCCCCCUGCUCCUCCUCCUUCCUUCCACCACCUUCUUCAACAGCAGCAGCAACAGCUUCACACAUUCUGGACCUACCAGCGCCAAGACAUCGAGCAUGUCAACGAUUUCAAGAACCACCAGCUUCCUCUCGCUCGCAUCAAGAAGAUCAUGAAGGCCGACGAGGACGUCCGCAUGAUCUCCGCCGAAGCCCCCAUUUUGUUCGCCAAGGCCUGCGAGCUCUUCAUCCUUGAGCUCACCAUUCGAUCCUGGCUCCACGCCGAGGAGAACAAGAGGCGCACUCUCCAGAAGAACGAUAUCGCCGCCGCCAUCACCCGCACUGAUAUUUUCGAUUUCUUGGUUGAUAUUGUGCCCAGGGAUGAGAUCAAGGAUGAGGCCGCCCUUGGUGUUGGUGGAAUGGUGGGGCCCCCCGCCAGCGGUGUUCCUUACUACUAUCCGUCUAUCGGCCAACCUGCCGGUCCUCCCGGUGGCAUGAUGAUUGGACGGCCGGCGGUGGAUCCGACUGGAGUGUACGCCCAACCGCCUUCGCAAGCGUGGCAGUCAGUGUGGCAGACGGCGGCGGAUGAUGGGUCCUACGGCAGCGGCGGGAGCAGUGGACAGGGCAAUCUUGAUGGUCAGAGAUGAAAAAUGGGAUGAAAAUUCGUUGUUUCUAAUUGAACGUAUGACACAUCUAAUAUGUGUUUUUAAUAAAUUUGAGGGACCGUAAUGAAGGGUAACUUAAAUGGGGUUGCACCUGUAGACGCCGGGGUCAUUUUCAGACUGAAAUUGAAUUUGCUGGAGACUUGUGCGUUCGAUAAAUUUGAAGUUUGCCUUGGGGAAUAAAUAUAUUUCAAGAGUUUGUACAUGUGAAUAGGUGCUUUGCAAAUUUAUAUUCGAAUAGCUUAUCUCAGAAGAACUGCCGGUGCUUUUUUUUUUUUUUUUGGCUAUGAAAGACCUUGCACGCAGGUUGUACGUGUAGCUGUCUCUCAAGGUAGAAAAUAUACUUACAAAUAUUCAGUUGUUUCUGGCCAACGUGCAGGUGCAAUAGUCAGUUUGUACAUGUGAAUUAGGAUUGUUUUGAAAUGAAAUUAUGGUUGAUAAAAGUUUUAUGAUACUUUAUUCAUUAUAUAUUUGUUAUUUUGUUAGUGAGACUGUGAUGGAAUUGGAAUAUGUAAAUUUAAUGAUCUUAUAUUGGAAAAUGUUCUUCUAGAAUUUGCAAUUUUAAUUUUAUAUAUUGACAAGUUUAUCCACUUGAGAAGGACGUAGGACACAUCAGAGAUGUAUUGCAUGCUUUUGGACACCGGAGUCAUAGUUAGUCAUAUUUUCUGGAGAUUUGCACCUUGUAUAGAUACGAAGUUUAGAUAGGUAAAUGGAUAACAUUUCAUGAUUGAAAUCGAGCAAGUAGGUGAUUUUGGGGAAGAUUGGACAGCCUAACUCAGAUUUAUUUUGCAAAGAAAAAUUCUGCACAUUGGGAAUCCUUGUAGCCUCUCUCCAGGGUAGAAAAGAUACAAUUAAAGGAGGUUGAUGCAGAUUGUUGACAUUGAAAAUGUUUCUUGUUUCUUCCGAUAUAGACAUACUUUACACUUUCAAAUUUUGAUUUUUUCUUCAGUGUGACUGGAAAUUUUAACUUUUGCAUUACAUAUUUAAUUAUGCCGUCAACAUGCCUUUCUUUCUAUUGCGCCAGAUUUGAAGAGUUGAAAGACUGAUAUUCUUUUUGCUUUUUACCCCCUGCGCCUUAAAAGAUAGGCAUUCAAUGAAUUUUGUUUUGUUUGUACUUUGUUGAUGAGCAUCAGGGCUUUUAUAUUUGAAAAUUAGGGACGAAGUUUAUGCUGCUCUUUGUUAUGCUGUUGAUGUUUGAUUACAUCUGGCACCAUGAGCUUUCAUUUUGUUAAUUGGCAUUGUAUGGCCAAACUCUGUUAUACUUGGAUCUUCUCAAGUUCAGGAUUACUUUAUUCCUAUUUACCAAUGUUUUCAAAACUUGACCGGAUAUUGAAUCGAAAAGGUCAGCGAUUCGCACAGUCCAAUCAGGUUGGACCAAUGGUCGAACCGUUGACGUAAUAAUUAAAUUUAAAAAAUUAUAUAUGUAUAGAAUAAUUUAAAUAUAAGAAAUAAAUAUGAAAUUGCUAUUUGAUUUAAAAAUAAAUCAAAUAUUUUAAGUUUAUCAUGACUUAACAAGCCACAUAAUAUAACAUAACAUCAAAUGAUUAAAAAAAUUAGUCAUUUUUUUAAAAAAAAAUUGAUAAAAAUAAAAAAAGGAAAAGGGUUCUUUUUUUUUAACAGUCUGAUUUUUAAAAAUUGGAUCAACUGCCGGUCAAAAUGGUCCAAUCCGGCCCAACUUUUCAAAUGAUUUUUUUCAGUUUGACUGAGCCGUUAGCUUAACCAGUCGACGGUCCGACCAUCUGAUUCGAUCCAGUUUUUUAAUCAUUGCUAUUUACUAUGCUGUUUUUUUUUUUUGGGUCCAUGUUGUGUGGCUUAUUCUAUAUGUGUGGCUUACUCUAUAGAGUGAUAAUUAAUUCCCAUAGUUCCUUGUUGAUCAGUGCACCCAGAGUAUGUCAUUCCUUACGAUUAUUAGUUUCUUAAACUUAUAAUAUUUCCUUUUUGAAACAGAGAUAAAAGUAACUAGAUGGAGUCUUUGAGUAUCAAGUAGUUCAGCUAGAUUGUUUCUGAGUAUCUGUGCUCGUUCCCAGAAUUAAAAAAAUGCGUGGUUUGCUUAAAUAUGUUGUCUGUAUAACAUAAUGAUUCAAAUGUUAAUUACAGCUCAGUUGUUCCUUUUGUUGAGGGUGUAGAAUGAUGACGGAUUUUAGUGCACUACAUUGACAUGUUUAAGGAUGUAAACUAGUUAAUAUAUGUCGCUUCCUUCAACUUCAACUUCACUUGCUCCAACAAUGCGUGCCUUGGCGAACCUUCAUCAAUUGCCAAGCACUAUAUAUUUGAUCCGCUGCUACUUCAAAUUUAGCAUGUUUUGGUAGCUCAUUGGCUUUAGCAAAAUGAAUGACUUUUGCGGGGAUGAGAAUUAUAUCAAAGUUUGGUUAAAAUGCAUUUAUGAUUUAGCAUCUGGAGUUUAUUGCAUCAGCUAUGUGAAUUUAAAUUUGUUCAAAGUAGUACAAAGAGGUAUUCCAUUUUGGAAUGUGCUUGAUUUGCGUACGUAGUUCUUUUUAUCUUUUUUUCCCUGCUGUGCAUACUGAUGGUUGACAAUGAUUUCUGAUUCAACCUGCGGUUUCUUUU